CUGCUGAUGGGGAAACGCCGAGACUGCGCCACAUCUGCAGUUUUGUGUUUUACGGAGACGUGGUUAUGUGGAUCGAUACCGGACUCUGCGCUGCAGCUGGCAGGCUUCCAACUCUUCAGAGCGGAUCGUAACACGGAACUCUCCGGCAAGACUAAAGGUGGUGGAAUCUGCUUUUACACCAACAGUGGCUGGUGUAACGAUGUGACAGUGAUUCAGCAGCACUGCUCUCCUGAUCUGGAAACUUUUUUCAUCAACUGCAAACCCUUUUACUCGCCCCGUGAGUUCGCCUCAUUCAUUCUGGUCAGUGUUUACAUCCCACCGCAGGCCAACGUGCAGGACGCACAGCGCACGCUCGCCGACCAGAUACUGCGUGUGGAGCGGACAUUCCCGGACUCUUUAGUUAUUGUCCUCGGCGACUUUAACAAAGGUAACCUCACCCACGAACUCCCAAAAUACAGACAACUUAUAAAAUGUCCGACCAGAGAGGAAAAUAUUUUGGAUCACUGUUACACCACUAUCAGCAACGCUUAUCACGCCGUCCCCCGCGCUGCACUGGGCCACUCUGACCAUGUCAUGGUCCAUCUGAUUCCUGCAUACAGACAGAAACUCAAACUCUGUAAACCAGCUGUGAGGACAUCAAAGCAGUGGAGCAGUGAGGCUGUGGAGGAUCUUAAGGCGUGUUUGGAGACUACUGACUGGGAUGUUUUCAGGACUGCCACCACCAGUCUGGAUGAGUACACAGAGACUGUGACUUCUUAUAUCAGUUUCUGUGAAGACUGCUGGAUACCAUCACGCACCAGGGUGAGCUACAACAACGACAAACCCUGGUUCAGUCCUAAACUCAGACAGCUGAGGCUGCAGAAGGAAGAGGCAUUCAGGAGCGGGGACAGGGACAGGUUUAAGGAGUCAAAGUACAGGUUUAGUAAGGCGGUGAGGGACGCUAAACGGCUGUACUCUGAGAAUCUCAAAAAACAGUUCUCAGCCAACGACUCUGCAUCUGUCUGGAAGGGGCUCAGGCAGAUCACCAACUACAAACCUAAUCCCCCCCCACUCUGUCAACGACCUGCGUCUGGCAAACGAGCUGAACGACUUCUAUUGCAGAUUUGA